GACUUUCACGUGAACGAGUGCUUCGACGGCAACUUUGCUUCGCGCCGCCGAACCGACCAGACUCUUCGACGGCACCCGGCCUACUCACGGUUGCUAACGCCGCCUCGGCCUCGGCCUCGUCUCGAACCCUCUGUCAGUCUGAGGACCGAAUCCCGCCCGACGAGCAACUCGCCCUUCCUCUCGACCGUCGGUGCACUUCUCGCCAAGCCUCGUCGAGGUCAGGCUCGACCUCGGACGAAAGUGGAAAAUGUCACUGGCCGACUUGGACAGUUGGCCUUUUCUCCUUCUCCCAUGCACACUCACAAGACGUGGCACCGUCGUCCGCCCACCCCUCUCCCCAAUCUAGCCCCGCUUCCCUCAGAAUCCACCCGACUGCCCAAGUGCCCUCGGUUGCCAAGUUGA